CGACAGCAGCAACAGUGCGAUGGAUGCACGGCUUAUAAGGUGAAGCCCGAAACUGGAGCAGCUCAGUUCGCUGUUGGCAGGCGUCGCUGAAGGUAGUAGCUUCAUUCAACCAACGGAAACGGAACCAGAGGACGUCCAGAAGUCGGAAGCCGAGGAACCAGAGUAGCACACAUCUAUCUCCCAGUCAGACAAACGGGAGUCAAUCAAAUCCUCCAAGAGACCAAACCAACGACAUUGUGUGAAAUUGAAACGGAAUGCGAAAAACGUAAAACGAAAAGUGCACAACCGAAAAUUAUGCUAAAAUAAAUAUUACAAAAAAAUCCACAUAAAAGGCAAGCAGACUACAGAAAAAAUAUAUAUCUAUAUAUAUAUAUCCAAAAGAAGGAGCAACUUCCAUUUGAAAUUUGCAUCAGAAAUUCCGAGUUCUGGUCAAGACCGAGCGAGCAGCGUGUCAAUUUAUGCAGCCAUAAAAGUUAAAGGGGAACUCGAGAGGUACAGCAACGGGCAAAAAGGAGUCCCAUUCACCAGUCGCAGCAUUAGAGGACGUGCCCGGCAUGCCAACAUCAUGAUGAUGCUGAUGAUGUAGUAGACGACGACGACGACGACGACGACGACGACGAGGAGUCUCGCCCAGCAAGGACAACUUCAACGCAGACUGUUGCUCUGAUGCUGCCCCAUUUCUAUUGCCAUCGACUUGUUUGCGCCUGCGAGCCUUGAUAAGAAACGCGGCUAGAGUCUGGACCAAUUUAUAAUCGUUGGUGGAAAACAUAACGAAUUGGGUAGGCAAAUCUCGGGCGCAAGUUUUCCAAGUGAUUAAUUUCACAAAAAACAAAAAGACGAGGAAACAACUUGAGCCAAUUACGGCAGCCAGAUAAGAAAGCCAGAUGCCGCCAUGAGUUUCCUCAGCUCCAUGCAGCAAUAUGUAACAAGUGGCAUCUCCAGUUUGGGCCUUGGCAACCGUCGCUUCUCGCUUUCCCGUCAGGAAUCGAGUGAACAGCAAUCGGGCAUCGGAGGCGCCACACCUGGCGGCCUCGUUUCCGGACAACAACAGCAGCAGUCGCAGUUUCCGCAUCAGCAAUUGCAGCAGCAGCAGUCACUUCCGCAACAACAACAGCAACAGUUACUGUUGCAGCAACAACAACAACAACAGCAGCAGCAGCAACAACAUGGCCACGCCCCAUUGCAGCAACAGGCGAGCAUUGGCAGCGGCCUAGGCGUAUAUGGAACACCUGCUCCGCCCACUGGGGUAGUGGCAGCGUCGUCGGGCGGCAGUAAUUACCCUUCCGGCGGCGUUGUAAUCGGGAAUCCAAAUGCCACCAAUCCAUUACUGGGUUAUCCGAAAAUACCAGGUGGUGCGGCCGGACCCGGUAGUCCCUCGACAUCCGGGGGCGGUGGGCCUGGCGGAACACCCCAAUCGCGUCGCCAGUCACGGGCAUUGGAAUGCUUGGCCCCACCCCGUACCGGAUCUUUCCGGCAGCGCAACUCGCCGCUGCACCAGCCGGAUCCACCGCCUCGCCCGCCGCUGGCCUUUUGCAAACGCCGUCUGAGUUGGCCCGAAGUAGAUCCGCGCUCCAAUUCCGGAGUUCAGGAAACGGACGGCUCGUACUUUGAGAACUUUACAUCGCUGGGCUGGAAACGUGAAAAUCGUCGCAUGUCGGCCACGCGUGCCGCCGAAGCACGUGCCGAGGCUAAUCCCGAGAAUGAACGUGAUCCGCCGGCGAGCGAGGAGUCCAUUGACCGCCAGGAUGAGAAGGAGAAACUGUACUCAGAGGUCUUGCACACCAUUGCCAAUACGGUGGGCGCCCCGGCACCAGGUGGACAGUUUGCACAUUACAAGGACGAAAUGUAUCUGCACGCACAGCGCGCCUUCGGUGUCAAUCCGGAUCGUCAUUAUCGCCUGCUGCACGCCUCCGCUGAGGAUAAACCAAAGAUAAUCGUACUCUCUGCGGUGGUAAUCGAGGCUGAUGGCCUCGAGGCGAAGGAUGCCAAUGGUUUCUCGGAUCCUUACUGCAUGCUGGGCAUCCAGCCGGACGAAAACGGUGGUCCGCCUGUGUCACCGCUGCCGCUGCCGCCGACGCCGCGUGCCCUCUCGGCGGACAUGAGCGGCGGCUUUGAUAAUAGCGCCACGGACUCGCCGCCGCACCGGAAGCACAGCUUCCGGCUGAGCUUCAAGCGGCGGGAGGCGGGACGGCGGGAGCAGCGCGACUCACUGGGCGGACCGGUACCGGCCAAACUCAUCAAGGCGACCAGCAUCAAGCCCCACACCCUGACACCCAAGUGGAACGAGAAGUUCAAAUUUGAUAUAGAUGACAUCAAUACGGACACCUUUCACCUGGACAUUUGGGACCACGACGACGAAAGCUGCGUCAUGGACGCUGUUUCGCGACUGAAUGAGGUCCGUGGAGUUCGCGGACUGGGACGCUUCUUCAAGCAAGUGUGUCAAUCUGCUCGCCAGGGUUCCCAGGACGAUUUCCUGGGCUCUGUGAACAUUCCGCUGUCGGAAAUUCCAUCUACUGGACUAGAUGCUUGGUUCAAGCUGGAGGCACGCAGUCAUCGAAGCACUGUUCAGGGUAGAAUCCGGCUAAAGUUGUGGCUUUCGACCAGGGAAGAUAGGAGCACUGUUAGCGAGGAGAACCACGAACAGCAGAUCCACAAGGUCGAGCAGCUUCAAAGGGUUUUCAUGCAGCACGAGGUGACCACGCAUGAACCCUCAUGGACCUGGUGUGGGGAUCUACCGGGUCCUGCAUUAACUAUUCUGCAUCAGCUGGCGGUUCAGGCGGAUCUAUCGGACUUGCACUGUGCCAUGGCGAGAUAUGUAGCAGCUGCAAAACUGAAUCGAUCCACCCCACUGGACCCCAAAUUCCUCCAUCGCCUGCUAAGUGACGUGGAGAAGCAGUGGAAUCAGCCCAACCAAGAGCCUCUCAGUCGAGAUCUCGAACAGUGGCUGGCGGAUGCAAUGAAUGGCUUUGUAGAGCGUUCUCUCAACCAAAUCCGUCGGCACCGGGACAUCUUCCCCGCCCUGAAUCCACCGUCGUUGAUUCGUCUGGAAUUCCUGCUGCGCUGCCUAGGACUCCUUGGUUCGAUGAGAGCCUUCAGAGCUGUGUGUCCUUUCAAUAAAGGCGUAAGGGGCGAGGUGGUCAACGCCCUACGCAAAGGAUCCGUGAUGUGGGGCCAAACGGUGAUGCGAGAUUCGCAGGGACUGCCCAAUCCAUUAUCGAAUUUCGUAACAACAUUAACGGCCGACAUUCAGCUGGGACAGACGUACUAUCAUGCCCUUUUCGACAACACGAAUGGAAUUCAGUACUUCAGCAUCAUCUACAAACAAUACGAUGCGAUGGUGGGCGAGGAGGUGUACAGCCGGAUGGCCGCUGGCCAGGUGCCCGGGGUACGAAUGAAUCUCUCACAGUACGCUGUGCUGGAGGGCGAUGCGGAACCGGUGGAUACCAAGCCAUUCGAGCUGUUUCUGGCCCUACAGGAAUUCUGUCAGCUAAAGCGACACCUGUCCACCCAGCCACAGCCGCCGGAGAAGCCGUUGGCCUUGAGCAAUAGCCACGAGUGGUUUAUACCCACGCUGGAGCGUUGGAUGAUGGUGAGCAAGGCCAAGGCACUGCAAAGGAUUAGGGCAGCCAUUCGCAUGGAUGCCAUCUGUGAGGGUGAGAGAAUUGUGCGCUACAGUAGCUCCUCAGUGGACACAGCCAGCACUCUACUAAACAUCAAAGAGUUCUGGAAGGUAAUGAAUUGGCCCGAUGAGGAUACGGCCAUCAUGAUGGAAUCACAGCUAAUCGACGUGGUCUGCUCGGCUGCCAUGCACUAUUGCGAUCUGAUUCACACCGCUUUGGCGGACAGUGGUUACUACGAACAACAGGGUCCAUUCCGGUGCUCCGAUGAUAUGUGCGUCACGGUCAAUAAUGUGGAGUAUGUGCGUCGCACUCUGGCGGAGUUUCGAUCCGAUGAACAACCUCUAGAGGAGUCGGCAGAUAACCUUCUGGAGUCCAGUCUUACCCACAUGGAGAACCGCUGUGAAAGAAUUCUCUCCAAGUUGGCUCCACUCAUGCAGAUGUCCCUGCAGAAGGCCAUGUUCCAUUUGGCCUGGUCACCUGACUCCCUGCCCGCUAAUCAAGCUAUUGUCCCGCUGUUGGAGUACCUAGAUUGUCAUCUCGCUGCCCUAAAUAGCGCCCUGCUCACAAAGAACUUUAAUCGAUCGCUGCGAUUUAUUUGGAAAACUGUCCUAGGCGAGAUGUCCCGUCAAAUGGAAACUGGUGAUGAAACGGACAAGCCGACGCACUUCCAUAAACGUCUCUAUGAGGCACUGCAACUUCUCAUCGAUUUCUUUCAUGCCGAGGGUCAGGGAUUACUUCUGGAGUGCCUGCACACCGAGGACUUCUGGCGCAUCGAGCAGAGGCUUCAGUUCCACAAAACGGACACGGAUCGGUUAAUCGAUAUGUUCUAUAUGCAACGUUUAAGGGAGCAACUUAUGGCAGUCAUGCCUUCUCCUUAUGGAUCGCUGGCCGUGAGGGCUUACUUUAAUCAUGAUUCACUUUGUGUGGAGGUUCUGCAUGCCAGGGAUGUGGUGCCUCUGGACCCGAAUGGUUUCAGUGAUCCAUUUGUUGUUGUAGAACUAUUGCCCCGCAGGAUUUUUCUCCACUGCAUGGAGCAGCAGACCAAUGUGCAUAAGCGCACUCUGAACCCCGUAUUCGACGAAUGCUUUGAGUUCUCCGUGACCCUGGAGCAAUGUUUAACCGAGGGAGCCAUGAUUUGCUUCACAGUGAUGGACCAUGAUGUCUUGACCGCCAAUGAUUUUGGUGGGGAAGCCUAUUUGGCUUUGGGAAACAUACCCGGAGUGGCUGACUACAGCACCAGUGUGGACAACUUCCAUGGGCUGAAACAAAUCGAGCUGCCACUCAUGGAGCAAAAGGAUAAAUGCAAUCCCAUUUUGCAAAUCCUCGAGGUGCGCAUCAACGAUAAACAGGCCCAGGACUUUGUACGGAAGCAGAAGGCGAGAUUUAUCAAUUGAUUUUUUUAAAAUAAAAAGGAUAGAAAGGAAACAGGACUACCGAACGAACCGUUUGUAAAACGCUUUGAAACCCCCGACGAAAGCGCAGAUCGAGCAAUGUAAUUGCAUCGAUGGCGACGAUGAUAACUUAACCAAAGCUAAAUUGUAUCCAAUCCAGCAUUGUAUGUAUUGUACUUACUCUAGUUGUUUGACAAAGACUCCUCUCUUAUCUUCAGUUUGUAAAUGUUAGCGAAGAAUCGAAAUUCAAAUGGUGCAAAAACUAAGUGACGAGUAACGAAAAAUGGGAAUCCAAUACUGGAAUUCCCUGCUCUACACAGAAUGUUGAUUAAACAAAAUUAUGGAUAAAUUGAAACACACAAAUUAGGGACUUAUUAGAAGCCUAGCAUUGCUGAAAUUGUCACAAUUGGGCAAUCAAAGAAAACAAAAAUCAAGUAAUUAGACAGCAAAAUCUCAUAUACGAAACACACAGAGCUACCUACUCCAGCGUUUUGAAGACUUUUACCAAAAAAAAAAAAAAAAAAAAAACGCAAAUAUCACAUACGAGUAUAUACACACAAAACACUUUUUGGGUCAAUUUAAACUUUACGAAUAUAUCAGCAACAUGUAUACCUAAAUAUACACAAAACGACAAUUCAGCAUCUUUUCUACCAAUACGCCAAGAAACAAUCAAAAUCUGCGUAACUCUGAGCUUCUUGAAAAACCCCCCAGAAAAACUCAAACACGAAACAUAAUCACAACCAGACAUACAGGACAAAGCUAUUUACAAUAUAAAUACAAAUAAAUAUGAGAUACAUGUACAUGAUUUGUACAUUUUAUAUCACGCCCAAAGGACAGUGUAACUAAGUCUAAAGUAUAUUUGUAAACUAUUUUCUGAGCACAGAUUUUGUAUAAAUUUAUUAGACACGCGCUUGUCCCCCUGAGAGGCAGCCUUCAGCUCUUUUGCUUAUACACAACUUAGGGCUUUUCCCCGAUUUUACCACCCACUACCCCACUAUCCGCCAACCCAAACUCCCCGAAAAAUUUGUUUUGUACCCAUUGAGAAGGUCUCGCUUCUAUUGUAAAUUUUGUACUAUAUACAACGGUCUCUAUGAUGAAGGAACUUAAACCUAUGCACGCGGUUAGCUGUGUAUAUAUAUGCGAGUAUAUAUCUAUUAUGGAUAAUGAAAUGAAUUGUUGACACUGUAACUCUUAACUAUAAAACUGUAGCAUGGAAAACUUUUUAUACCUUUCGCAAAGGAGACAGUGGGAGGCGUGGCUGAAGACAAUUUUAGAGAAAAGUGAAGAAAACUAAAAAAUAAACUACAACUAAAAGAUGCACAACAAAGAUGAAAAUCCAAGUCAAAUUACAACUAUUUUUAAUAUUUACACUUAACAGCAAGAAAUUUCAUGAUUGUUAUUUAAAAAAAAUGAAUGGAGUAUUAUGCAAAAAAUAAUUAUAUAUAUAUAUAUAUAUAGAUAAAUGGAUAAAUAAUUAAUCGGUAAUCAAGUAUUUAGUUUGUAAGAGAAUCCUUUGGUUUUGGAAUAUAUAUUUGCACAGUCUUUCAAGGUCUUGAUCUAUAUUUUGAUUUAUAUUUAAGUUUGGUUUUCCACUUUCAACAUGAUUUAGUCUGCCAUCGCCAAGACAUCGACAGUGAUCAGGGAAGCUAUGAUCCCCCAGAGACAAACAUCGAAGUAGAGUCAACGCUGUACGAUCAUUAAAUUUCCAAUGCUCUAUGUGCUGUGUUCUACUAAGGCUCCUCCUUCUCCUACACUCAAUAUCUUCCAAGAAAAGGGCACUUGUUACUCUUGAAACUCCCCACUUCAAAAACUGCUAUCUUCCAGAAUUUUUGUCCAGCAAAAUCAGUAACGAGAGAGAGAAAUAAAUAGUUAAAGGGAUAAUAAGCAUAAAUAUAGGCAAGAGUUUGCUGUACUAACCAACCAUAACUACUACUGUGUUGAUAUGUGUACCUAUGAUAAUUUCCUAUAUCGAAUAGACAAUUCAAAGACACACACACAAGUAAAUCAAAUCAAAUAAAAUUAUUCAUGUUACUAGCACUAGCUAACAAAAUACAAAAAUAAAAUAUAAGUGAAAUAUAUGUGAAGCAAGCAGAGUAGGGUAAAUAUAAAUAAAAGUGAAAUUUCAUUUGGAAGUGAAACUGUUAAAGAAUGCUAAAAAUUGGCCAAAAACAAAAGAGACGACCAAACGCAUUUUCCCAACCGCAACAAAACCAACAAGCAACUGAAACUAUUGAAAUUGAAGGCCAAAACAUGCAAAAAAAAACCUAUACUAUAACUAUAUAAAAUAUAUAUACAUAUUUGAAUGUGCAAUCGUUGUGCUAGUUACAGACUACAAAGGAAACCUGCAAAGAGCCCUCCUACAUAUAUACAGAAUGCAAAUGCCAAUGCCAAUGCAAAUACAAAUACUUUUAAUUGCCACAUUUACAAGUGACCAGCAGAUGAGAAACUAAACGGCAACUAUUUUCGAUGGAAAAACGUUUCAAAUAUUUCAUUUCACAAUUUUACAACAACAACACAACAUAAGCCGCACAACCCCGCCCGAAACAGAAACAAAGUAUUUAUUACAAUUGUAUUUUUUGUAUGCCAAGACAGAACUAAAAAUAAAACACUCUACCGCCGAAACUUGAUACGAAUAUUUUGAAAGAAACUAAACUACUAAAAAACCAAAGCUAAAAAUAUAGUUUUUGAAAUGUGAAUGCAUAUAAAUUGUAUGUGUUUAUUGCAAUUACCAAUUACGGGCCACAAUUCAGGUUCCUAAGCUCCCCUCCGUAAGUAUCUAAAAUAAAUAAAUAAAUAGCAGAAACACCGCAAACUCCUAACUAAACCUAAGUACAUAAUUGUGUGUCUGUGCAACAGCUAAUAUCAAAUCAAAACAAAUCGAUAGGGAAAAUAAGAAUGAACACGAAGAAAGGAAAAACCUUAACACAUAUUCUAUGUAAAUUCAACAAAAUGCUGCAGAGAAAACAUUAUCAAAUUCAAUCAAUAAAUGUCAAUGAAUAAUUAA